AUAAACUAGUUUAGUAGUCAGCUGCUCAGGAGUAGCGGUUGGUGCCAGGACAGUCGGCUGCGCUCUGCUCCGGCUCCGUCACUGCCAUUCCCCUUUCAGUCACUAGGGAGAGACUCUGAACUAGGAACGCCGCUCUUAUCACACUCAAAGGGUCCCACGGCAGGCUGGUAGGAUCAGAGUCUACACCGAACCGCCAUCCGCACACCGGCCUGCGGGACGCGUCGCACUCUCCGCCCGGGAUGGAGAAAGGCGCCUCAGAACCGGACCCAUCCCGCCAGCGGAACGGGCUAGUGGGCGCGCUGUACGGGGAGUUCACCGACACGCUCAACGACAGGGUCCGGUACUCGGUGAGCUUGACGGAGAGCGCCUUGACCAUCCAGAGGAUCUCCUCGUCACCCGGCCGGACUAAGGUGGUUUUUAACUUGACCGACUGUAUCGGCUGCCGGGCGUACAGAGGGCCGGACAGCGCGGACGUCGGAGCCUACUUCACAGCCUAUUUCUACCCGUUCAAGAGGCGCUGGAUGAGCGCCGGGGUGGCCCGGCAGAGAGUGGAGCAGUGCUUUCGGGUCGCGCUGGUCCAGGACCCGCUCGCCAACCUACAGGAGGCUGAGAAGUGGGCUCAUGCCAUCAGAGAUGCCUCAGUGCUGCAGGCGCCCCGGAGAGACGGUGUGGCAUAUACGGAGGUGCGUCGUCCUUGCCGUGUCAUGAUACUGGUGAACCCUCACAGUGGGCGUGGCCAGGCUCUGCAGCUCUUUACUGGCCACGUACAGGGCAUGCUCACUGAGGCCUCUGUUCCCUACACACUUGUCAUCACAGAGCACCAGAACCACGCGCGCGAGCUGGUGAGGAAGGCUGACCUGUCGCAGUGGGACGCCCUGGUUAUCAUGUCUGGUGAUGGGCUGCUGUUUGAGGUGAUAAAUGGUUUGAUGGAUCGAGAGGACUGGCAAGAGGCCAUACAGACCCCUCUGGGUAUUCUGCCAGGUGGCUCAGGCAACGCCCUGGCCGCCUCCGUCCACCACUACUCACAGUCACCUCCAGCAUGGAACGAGGAGCUACUCUUAAGCUGUGGCUUCAUCCUGUGUAAAGGUCUGGUUGGCUCCUUGGACCUCGUGUCGAUCCACCUGGCCUCUCAACAGCGUCUCUUCUCCUUUCUCUCCCUGGCCUGGGGCUUCGUGGCAGAUGUUGACAUCGAGAGCGAGAAGUACCGCCAUGUCGGAGCAAUCCGUUUCCUGAUGGGCACCCUGGUCCGUCUGGCCUCCCUCAGAGUCUAUCAGGGCAGGUUAGCAUAUUUGCCUGUUAUGGAGGCGCCAAAACUUCCGAAAGGGAGCAUCAAGGCUACCCACCCUCCCUCCACACCUCAGCACCCCUCGCUCUGCUCCUCCCUUCCUUGUCGGCUCAUCCCCAACUCCUCUCCGAAUCAGAACUCUCGACACAAUCACAACAGCACAAAUUCCAACCACAACACCAUCACCAACUCCUCCAACAACGCCAUCACCACCAAGAGACCUGAGACCCAGAGUGAUGGCAAGACCAUAGCACUGGUGGACUCUCUUCUUCCUGGCCUGGACCAACCAGUCCCAGAGAGCUGGACAGUAGUCAAGGAGGAGGACUUUGUCUUGGUCCUGGCUAUUUACCAGUCCCACCUCGCUGAGGACCUGUGGACGGUCCCUGGUGCAAUGGCAGAUGAUGGGCUGAUUCAUCUGUUCUACGUGACAGCAGGAAUCUCCCGUCCUGCCCUCCUGCGCCUUUUCCUCGCCAUGGAGAAGGGCGCCCACUUGGCGUGCGGCUGCCCCCACCUGGUGUAUGAGAAGGUGAAGGCCCUGCGGCUGGAACCCACCUCUCCGCAAGGUGUUAUCACUGUGGAUGGAGAGAUGGUGGAGUACGGGCCCGUUCAGGCUCAAAUCCACCCAGGACUGGCAAGACUUAUAUGUGGAUGAACCUGGAUUAUCUUAAUCUUUUUUCUGGUUGUAGAGCUUUCUAGUUUGGCCUUUUAUACUCAGUGUCGAUUCCUUUGUGUAUGCUGUGUUUUCAGAAGUGCCAAAGACAUUUUAUCAGCCUCUGGAAAUUUCCUCUAUUUUUCUACAGAAACAACUUGUCCCCUCAAUGUUUGAUUCAGGGUCAAAGCCAUGGAUGGUUGUUCUAGCUGCUGGCUGGUCCCAGCUUAGAGAAGGAGAGAGGGAUUAUGUGUGUGUGCAUGAGAGAGAGAUCUUUAUGUAUGUGUGUGUGCACUCGACUGUGUGUGUGUGAGAUUGUACAUGAGGGGCUUUGGCACAUAGCGGUGCGGUGCUGUGGGCCAAGGAGUGCAUUGUGCACGCUGCUGUCGGACCUCAUAAAUGUGACGCAGCAUGAAGAGAAGCACAUUCUCCCAUCCUGGGAUGCUCCAGGAGAAACCACGCCCCUUGUCCCACUGUACUACACCAGGCCGCCAAUCUCCCUCCAUGGGAAACCGCUCUGACAGCAUCACCUCCCCCUCCUCCCCCUGUGGCCUGGUAAAGAGGAGCUUUCUUACUGAGGAUGUAUAAAUCCUCCGCGGAUUUGAUGUUCACAAAUCUUUAAUCUUUACAUAGUUUAUAUAUAUUAAAAAAAAACAAUACCAGGUCUUGUCAUACCAAACGUUAGCACCCGGUAAACCUCCUCCUUUCUGUAUGUGCAAACUUCCUCCAGCUGCUAAUGCAUGAUGUGUUGGUGAGGCAGAGGGAAACCUGGCCAGCUGAGCUUACACCUCCACUGACGGCCGAUCCAUCUCAUGCCCUGUCCGUCCUCUUACCCCCC